CUUCUUUCCUCUCUCUUAAGAGAGGUUUUCCAGUUCAAACGAGAGAUUGAGGGAGAGAACAGUCCUGAUCGUUCACGCCUCUCCUUCAUCAUUCUCUCUUCAAACAAAACCCUAAUUACUCUUCCCUUUCUUUUUAAAACCCGUAGAUUAACUUUCCAUCACGGAAGGAAGCCAUCUCCUCGCCCGAUUUCGCUCUCUCUGCUCCGAUCCUUCUCUCCUCGACGGAAUUUCUGCAUUCUAGGUUUUGGUGUUCAUUUUGCAGCUUCCAGAAUGAUCUAAGCCGUUAAUUCCCCGGAACGGAUUCCUUUUUUGCUUCCUUUGAUCUCCCUCCCGUUCGAUCUGGUUUGAUCCAAAUGACGGCCGACACGAACGACUGCAAUGGUGUUUUGGAUGGAUCGAAUGUCGAAUUCGAUGGGAAGAGUGGUUUGAAUUCGAGUCCAUGUCGCGAUCUGUCGAAUGCCACUGGCGACUCCAACUGCAUUGUGAGCGGUAAGGACGGGGAGGUGAUCGUGGAGCGGAAAGACGAUCUCUACAGCUCUUAUGUUCUCGUCGACGGAGGAUCUGGCGAUCCUGUGGAACGCGAUCUCAACAUUGCAGAUCCGAAGGAAGAUGCAGAAAAGAAGCCCAUCAUAGGGGAAAACACUGUACUGGAACCGAAUGCCAGUUCCCCGAUUGAGGAUUUGAAGGUUGACUCUGAAGAAUUGAAGGAGGAAAAGGAAGAAAAUGGGGAAUGCUGUGAAGAGAAUUGUUGUGAUGUCGAUCAGAGUGGGGUCCUCGCUGAUGGUUUGGAUGGCAAACUGAAUAUAGAUGAAAAGGUGACUAAUGACGAAGAUGAACAGAAACUGGAACCUUCUAUGGAGGCAGAAGCAAAUACGGAAUCUGAAAUUACAGCCACUGAAGCCGUUGAAUCCGAAUUGCAUCAGCUUGAGAAUGGGCAUGAGACGGAGACAUCAAAUGCAUCCAAUGAGUUUCCAACCAGGGGAGCCGCUGGGGACCUUGGUGUGGAGCUGGAUAUGAACUUGGAAACUGAUAUGCGUUGUAUAGAUGAUUCAGAACUGCAAAUUCAGAGGUCUGAAGUUGUGGUAUCAGAGGUGGCAUCCGAAUCUGGUCAGCCUGAGAACAGACAUGAGACAGAGACAUCAAAUGCAGCCAAUGAGAUUCCUGCUGGGGGACCCACGGGGGACCUUGGUAUGGAGUCGGAUGUGAAUUUGGAACUGCAAGUUGAGGAGUCUAAAGCAAUGGUAUCAGAGGUGGAAUCUGAAUUGCAUCUGCUUGGGAAUGGAAAGGAGACAGAGAUUUCAAACGUGGCUAAUGAGAUUCCCAUGAAGGGUCCCACGGGGGACAUUGAGAUGGAGGUGGAAGUGAAUUUGGAAAGCGUUACUCGUUUUGUAGAUGAUUCUGAACUAAAAAUUCAGGAGUCUCAAGUUGUGGCCUCAGAGGUGGAAUCUGAAUUGCAUCUGCUUGAGAAUGGAAAGGAGGCAGAAACUUCAAAUGUGGCUAAUGAAAUUCCCAUGGAUGGUCCCUCAGAGGACCUUGAGAUGGAGCCACAUGUGAUGGUGGAAACUGAUACUCGUCCAAUAGAUGAUUCUGAAUUAGAGAAGGAAGUUAGAAAUGGCUCUGCUGAUAGCUCUGUUUUAGAGAAAGAAGUUAGAGAUUGUGCUGACGAAGGUGGAGAAUUGGAGGUAGGAGAAGGAGCUGCCUCUGUUGAAGGUGGAGAAUUGGAGGUAGGUGAUAGAGCUGCCUCCGUCGAAGGCAGCAGUGUAGAAACCGGGGUCCUAACUGUUUCUGUUGAAAGCAGCAAACUAGAAACUGAAGUUAGAAAUGAGCCUCUUGAAUCCGAAGAACAUAGCAUGCCUGAUUGUGAUGUUGAUGUUAUUAAAGAAGAAGUAGAAAUUAGAAAUGGCUCCAUUGAAAGCAGUGAAAGAACAAUUUCUUGUCCUGUUGAUGAUCUGAGACAAGACUCUGGAGCUACGAAUGGUUCUCUUGAAAGCAGCCAAAGUGAGCCUGCUUGUUCUGUUGAUGAAACAGAACAAGUGCCUGAAGUUGGAAAUGGUCCUGCUGAAAAUGGGAAAACCGUGCAUACAGUGAAAGCUUACAUUAGUAAUACAAGCUCAGAAACUGUUGUUUCAAAUUUCUCUGUUGGAAAUUGUGAAAGCUCCCUGUCUUGUCCUGUGGAUGAUAAAUCAGAAGCUGAAGUGAGAAAUGGCCAUGCUGAAAGCGAUGAGGGCCUGCCUAUUUGCUCUGCUGAUGAUUCAAAAUCAGAAACCGAAGAUGGAAAUGGCUUCGCUCGGAGUGCUGAAAAUAUGCCUCCUUGUCCUGUUGAUGAGGAAUCAGAAGUACAAGUUAGAAAGGACCUCCUCGAAAGCACUGAGGACGUCCCUGCCUGCCAUGUUGGUGACAGGGAAUUAAAGUCUGAGGCUAUGGAUAGCUCAGCUGAAAUCUUCGAAAGUGCACCCAAGUGCUCACAGGAUGUGGCUGAUGUUGACAGUGAAGAUCAGUCCAUGAAUAGAGAUGAUGGUGAAAAACCCAUUUCCGAGGUUGAGGACAUCAAAGCGAUUGCCUCAAAUGGCGAGAAAGCCAUUUCUGAGGAGGUUGAGGACAUCAAAGCGAUUGCCUCAAAUGGCGAGAAAGCCAUUUCUGAGGAGGUCGAGGACGUUGAAGCAAUUCCCUCAAAUGAGUCCUUGCCAUCUUCCCAGGAAGAUUCUACUGCUGCUUUGGAGGGACCGAAGGUGGAUGCAGAGGUGGGGAAGAGGCUACCCAUUUUCAUGAUUAGAAUCCCAAGAUAUGUUGAUGAAAAUAUCAGCUUGCAGAUUGAUAUUGCUGCGCGGGAAGUUGACAAGAGGACUCAGCAUAGGGAUUCUAUAAAAGACGCUAGAAAGUUGAAGAAGGUUACUUGUAAUGAAUAUAAGGAAAUCUUUGAAGCUGCAAAAUUAGAAGAAAAGGCUGCACGUGAUGCAGUUACAGCCAAACGGCGGGAAAUGGACGCCCUCCAGUUGAUGAUUAACAGAAUGAAGACUGCAACUUCCAUAGAGGAGAUUGAUGAAAAGAUACAUAAUAUGGAACAUAGGAUAGAGCAUGAAACUGUGCCUUUGAAAGAAGAAAAACAAUUAAUACGUGAGAUCAAGCAAUUGAAGCAAGCCCGUGAGAUCAAGCAAUUGCAAGUUGCUGAUAUGGUUCAGCAGGCCGAACUUCAGGAGGCGUUUAACCAAAGAGACAGCAUUGAAAAGCGUCUUAAGCUUAUGAAACAGGAAUUGGAUUCACUAAGAAGUGAGGUUUCACGAACUGAAUGCAUUACCAAAGCUGCUAAGCAGAAAUUCUAUGAUGAAUAUAAAAGUCUAGAUGAAUUGCAAGCUAAGUUUAAAGAUGCGGAUGUUCUUCGUCAAGAAGCAUAUGACCAUUUAGUGGAACUGAAGAAACAAUUGUAUGAGAAGAAUAAAUAUUUCCGCAUGUACAACGAAGACAAGAGGACAGCCUGGAAUUAUGCACAUACAGGAAAUAGAGACGCGCUCCAAAGCCAUUGUGCUGAUCAGGUGGAGAGAAUUAAUGAGCUAUUGAAAAGUAAUGAUGAAUUUCGAAAUGACUAUGUCAAGAACAACAUGAGGAGCACGUUGAGAAGACUGAGUACCUUGGAUGGAAGGUCAUUGGGCCCAGACGAGAAGCCACCUGUACUGCGUGUGGAAGAAAGGAUUGAUAAUGCUACUGUGUUAGCUGCUUCAACUUCAAAAACAGAGCAGGAAAAGCGAGGUGCGCCUGUGGUGGCUCCAAAAGCAGAUGCAAAGCCAGCUGUUGAUGCAGGAAAGAAUUCGACACUUAAAUCCAAGAAAUCCUCCAAAACCAUUGUCGCAGAAACUGGCCCAGUGACAGGUCCCAGCAGGGUGGAGAUGGAAGAACAGGAAAAAGAGAGGAAGAGAGCAAAAGAGGAGGAAGAGAUGGCGAGAAAGGCAGAGGAGCUGGCAAAGAAGGAACAGGAGCUGGCAAGGAAGGAAGAGGAGUUGAGAAAAGAGGAAGCUGCAGCCAGAUUGAAAGAACAGCGUCGGCUGGAGGAGAGGGCCAAAGCCAAGGAGGCAGAGGAGAGGAAGAGGCGCAAUGCUGAGAAGGCCCAAGCUAGGGCUGAAUUAAAGGCCCAAAAGGAAGCUGAGCUCAAAGAAAAGGAAAGAGAGAAGAAGACGAGGAAGAAGGAGAGGAAGAAGGCGGCUGCUGCGGCAGAUGGAACUAGCGGUAGCACUGAAGGGGAAUCCCUUCCCGUUUCUGACAGUAGCAUGUCUGCUGAAGCUACUAGGGAACCUGAAAUCAAAGAGAAGCUGACAACGGCAGCAAAAAGGCCAGCAAAAUCGUCGGUGCCUGCAGCAAAGCAAACGAAGACAAAGCCUCUCCCAAUGCCACUGCGCAACAGGGGUAAGAGGAAGAUGCAGCCAUGGAUGUGGGUCGUUGCUGUAGCCGUGCUCAUUCUCGUACUUUUUCUGGUGGGAAACGCCACUUCCCUCAAGUUGAAUGUUUCUAGCUAUGGCUUCUGAGAGGAGCAUAUUAGGGCCUUUAUAUUGGCACAUAUAUAUAGAGAGAGAGGUGGAGUGGGGUGUGAUUUUAGAUAUAGAUAUGGGUUAUUCUUUUUCCGUUGGUAGGGUCUCUUUCAUUCUCUCUGGGUUUUUAUUUUUUUCCUUUUUCAUUUCUUGUGGUGGCAUGCCAGCAGUUUGAGAGGUUUCUUUUGCUCUUUUCAUUUUCACUUGGGCUUGAGGGAGAUAAUUAUUUCUUUACUUUAAAAUCAUUUUCUUCGGACAGAAAACACUGGGGCUUUAGUCCAGAUUUAUAUAAUAAGAUGAUUUCACGCAUUGUUUGGAUCUU